CUGGCCGCGCGGGCGCGCGAGGGGCAGAGGCGGCGCCGGGGCGGGCGCGGAGCGAGCGGCAGGGCGGCCGAGGCGGCGCGGAGCCGGGCCGCGGCGGCGCGCGGGGGGUCGGCGGCGCUUGCGCGGUCGCUCCGCUUCGCGGGGUCCGGGCGGGAGGCCCGACGGCGGCAGGCAGCAUGUCGGUGGCGGGGCUGAAGAAGCAGUUCUACAAGGCGAGCCAGCUGGUCAGUGAGAAGGUCGGAGGGGCUGAAGGGACCAAGCUUGACGAUGACUUCAAAGAGAUGGAGAAGAAAGUGGAUGUCACCAGCAAAGCUGUGGCGGAAGUGCUGGCCAGAACCAUUGAGUACCUGCAGCCCAACCCAGCCUCGCGGGCCAAGCUGACAAUGCUCAACACAGUGUCCAAGAUCCGCGGGCAGGUCAAGAACCCCGGCUACCCACAGUCGGAGGGGCUGCUGGGCGAGUGCAUGAUCCGCCACGGGAAGGAGCUGGGCGGCGAGUCCAACUUCGGCGACGCCCUGCUGGACGCGGGCGAGUCCAUGAAGCGCCUGGCGGAGGUGAAGGACUCCCUGGACAUAGAGGUCAAGCAGAACUUCAUUGACCCCCUGCAGAACCUGUGCGACAAGGACCUGAAGGAGAUCCAGCACCAUCUGAAGAAGCUGGAGGGCCGCCGCCUGGACUUCGACUACAAGAAGAAGCGGCAGGGCAGGAUCCCCGACGAGGAGCUGCGCCAGGCCAUGGAGAAGUUCGAGGAGUCCAAGGAGGUGGCCGAGACCAGCAUGCACAACCUCCUGGAGACCGACAUCGAGCAGGUGAGCCAGCUCUCUGCGCUGGUGGACGCCCAGCUGGACUACCACCGGCAGGCCGUGCAGAUCCUGGACGAGCUGGCCGACAAGCUCAAGCGAAGGAUGCGAGAAGGCUCCUCGCGCCCCAGGCGGGAGUACAAGCCCAAGCCGCGGGAGGCCUUCGAGCUCGGGGAGCCGGAGCAGCCCAACGGCGGCUUCCCCUGCGCCACGGCCCCCAAGGUCACAGGCUCAUCGUCGUUCCGAUCUUCCGACAAGCCCAUCCGGACCCCCAGCAGGAGCAUGCGGAGCAUGGCGGAAGGAGCAGCUCUCCUUGGAGGGAGCGGGGAGCAGGGUUGGGGGGCGGCCAGCGCCCCGCCAGCCGCAGGGCAGGUGGAAGCCCGGACCCUCCGCCCACCCCCAGCGCCCCUGGACCAGCCGAGCUGUAAGGCCCUGUACGACUUUGAGCCCGAGAACGACGGGGAGCUGGGCUUCCGCGAGGGCGACAUCAUCACGCUGACCAACCAGAUCGACGAGAACUGGUACGAGGGGCUGCUGCAUGGCCAGUCGGGCUUCUUCCCGCUCAGCUACGUGGAGGUGCUGGUGCCCCUGCCGCAGUGACGCGCUGCCCCGCCGUCUGCCUUCCUCUCGCCCCGAGGGGCGCCCGGCUGGCCACGGGGUAGCAGGGCCGGAGGGCCGCCGGGAGGCGGGCACCCUGUUUACACUAGCGCCCUCCCAUAGGGGUGGGGGCCGGCUGGGCAGCGUUCGUCCUCCCGCUACCCCGCCAGCCGCCCCGGGAGGGGCUGACACUACGGUGCUCUCAGAAACACUAACCUCCCCCCGCCCCUCCAGGGCCUGGGCACUUGGCUGGGCCCUUCCCUCACCCAUCCGCCGUCCUCUCUUCCCGGCCCGCCCGGGAUCGGAUGUCUGCCUGGGGCGGGCACCCUGUCUCUCAUUCCCCACCACACCCCCUCCCAGGCCGCCUCUGGGAGGCCUCACCCCUUCCCUCAACCCCACACCAGAGCCACCGCCCCCCGGCUCCCGCCCACAGGGUGCCCCCCCCAAGCACACGGAGCGUUUCUCUCGGGCACGAGCUGCCCCCACACCGACGCCCCACACGGGACCACGGGGCCCCAGCCUCCACUCUGCGAAGGCCAAGCACAAAGGCUCUGAGGAGCCAACGUCCCCACACCCCCGGCUGCUGGGGCCGCGCUGGGGGAGGGACCUGGGUGCCCACCCCCAUCAGCAGCGGCCCUGGCCGUCUCCUCCAGACCAGCAGGGCCCGGCCCACACCCGCUUUCCCUCUUGCCUAAUCCAAAAAUUGGCUAAACGGGGCCCUCAGGCCUGGUUCACAUUCCCCUCGGGGGACCCAGCAAAGCCCCCAGGACAUCAGGCUGUGCUUGUCCCCAGGGCCCCCUCGUGGCUAUUACGUGGGGAAGCAUGGAUGUCCCGGCUGAGACGAGCAACGUGGCCUCCGUCACAGUCUAGGGCGGAUUGAAAUGUAAUCCCGAUUUUUUUAAAAAAGUAUUAAAUGUCUCUUUCUACA